AAUCCGUGGGCGCACGGGUACACUGAAAUGUUUAAAGAAAAUGAGCCGAGUAGAGCCGGGUAUCGGCAGAAGAAAAAAGACAAGAAUAGUUUUGCUUGUCGAGGUUCAUCAGUUGACGUUGCCGAGCAUAAGCAGUGCAGCGUGUAGUGACUAGUGAGCGGCACAGAUAAUGGACCGAGGACAAGAUGAAGAAGAUUCCCCCACUCGCGAAAUAGGUGGUGGUCCACGGAACCGCCUCCACAUCUCCACCAUCUCGUAUUAUCUUAACUUGAGUCUCCUCGAGUCCUAUCCGUGUUCUGCUGCACUGUCUAUACCAUCUCAAGUAAACCAAAUGGAACUCAACCAACGAGUGGGAUACAGAUCUGCAGAGAUCAACACGUUUGCACUCACAAACUUUUGUCUUUAGUCCUCUAGUAUUAUUAUCCGCGUGUGUACUCACCUUUACUUUGGACAUCAAGUUCCACAUUCAGUGCAUAUGCAACCGCGGGGAGUUCCAGUCACAAAAUUUCAGUACUUUUUUUAAAAUCAUCUCAAAAUUUGAAUUUUUUUUUUUUUAAUUUAUUUUGAAUCAAAUUUUUUUUUUUUAAGUGUGCAGUGAAUUUCUGGUGGUUUAAUUUUUUUUUUAAAUUACAAAGUGCGUUGUGAUAAAAAUUCAAAAAUUUUUUAUUGAAAGGAAAAAAAUUUAUUAUGGAAAUAAAUGAUAAUAAUAAUAGUAUGACUGAAGACAAACCUGGACCAUCAAAUGAAUCAAAUCCAUUGGAUGAUGCGGUUGGAAAAUUACUACAAGGGUAUGAUUGGACACUAUUACCAGUGACUUCAAGAACAGGAGGACGUAGAAGCACACAUGUAAAAAGGCCCAUGAACGCUUUUAUGGUGUGGGCCCAGGCUGCAAGAAGAAAACUCGCAGAUCAGUACCCGCAGCUUCAUAACGCCGAGCUAUCAAAAACUCUUGGUAAAUUAUGGAGGAUAUUAAGCGACGGAGAGAAGCAACCGUUCAUCGAAGAAGCUGAGAAACUGCGCAACGCUCAUAAAAAGCAGCAUCCCCACUACAAAUACCAGCCACGUCGGAGAAAACCAAAGACUGAGGACCAAAUGAGUCUCAACCGGCCGUUGCAAUCUUCUGCGUCCCUCGACUCGCCGCCAGAGUGCGCCUACACGAGAAUUUACCCUCCCGACUCGCCAAACAAAUCGUACGAGCGACCUCUGGCCUACGAGAGCCAAAAGCCCUUCGAGUUGCAUCCCAAGUACGUCGAGAGUCUCAAGUGCACCGACCACCAGAACUGCACCUACGAGGUCCCAAAGUACGAGUUGCCCAGCAAAACUUACCCCGACCCCAAGUCCCACGAUGUCCCCACCAAGUACACGGAGCCCGGGCCCAGGUACCCGGAGCUGCAGCCAAAGAGUUACGGGCCCGAGGUUACCAAGUACCCAGAAGUUAAAAGUUACUCGCCCUCUGACGCAGCAUUCAAGUACCCGGAGGUCACAAAUACACAGAAAUCUUACGCCUGCAUGCACACGCAGUAUUAUCCUGCACCAGAUGCAUACUCAGUCCACGAAGACAACGAGUACCAGAGUCAAACUAUGCCGCCUCACUCAUUCUACCCUUAUAUUUCCGCAUCAAUGGGCCAGCCUUCGUAUUACAUGGGCCCUCGAUAAUGAAAAAAAUAAAUUAAAUACUUCUAAAAUUAUAACUGUUAAUAUUAAUAACAAUAAUAACCUACUGGUUUUAAUCAAAGCGCCAAAAAUGUAGAAAAAAAAUUAAUAAAUAGAAAAAAAUUUA